AUGCUAAAUCAAUUUCAACAGAUUUUUCCGACCAAUACACCUCGUUUUCAUCCACAUAUUCAUCCACAACAUCGAAAUGAUCCACCAGAGGGUACAAUAGAAUUUUCCAAACUCAUCCAAUCCGUUGGCAAUCACUUUACAUUCAACUCGGAGUAUUGCAGUGUAGAGCAAAUAAUUUCACAUCAUCAUGAUGAGUCUACCGAUUCGACUAUUAUCGUUUCACAAUGUAGGAGACCGUUUUCAUGUUCAUGUGUAUUUAAAGUGAUUCGACGAAGGGUAACAAAUGGUCAGGAUGAAAAUUCAGAUAUUUCAAAAUAUAAUUCUGCAAAAUUUAAUGCCGUGGAUAAUAAUCAAAAUCCUAAUUAUGUAAUAAGGGAAUUUGAAUAUAGGAGUGAAGAUGGAAUGGAGCUAUGGAAGGAAUAUGUCAUUGUUUCUAAAUAUUAUGGAGAAUCUCUGUUUAGAAUGAUGAGGAGUCGUCGUGCUGGAAUUGCUGAGGAUAUUUCUGUAAUUUUCAUGUUGAAAGUAAUUUGUUCAUGUUUGGAAAAGUUGGAAAAUUUUCAUUUGAAUGGAAUAGUUCAUUGUAAUGUGGAACCUUCGAAUAUUUUUAAAGGUGAUGAUUUAAAUAUCGAGUUGGGCGGUUUGGGUUGUGUUCAAUUAUCAACUAGAAAUCCAGGAGUAUUGGUUGAUUGUAAAGGAUUUUUGAAAUGGAUGCCUAAAGCAUUUGUUGCACCUGAAGUUCAAACUAAACAAUUGAUUGGGCUUAAAAGUGACAUUUGGAGUUUGGGAAUGGUCUUGUUAAGGUUCUUAUUUCCAAAUCUAGUAAAUCUUGUAGUCAGUGAUUCCAAUAUUGAUGAGAUAUUUAAAGGUCUAUCCAAUGUAGAAAGAGAUGAUGCUUGUUGGAAUGAAAUUAAGAAUUUAAUCAAAUCAAUGCUAACAAUUGAUGUGAACAAAAGACCAACCAGUGGACAAUUAUUGAAUACCAUAACUAAUGGUAGUCGUUUUAGAGAUUCUGCUGAAACAUUGACGAAAUGCUUUAAAGAAAAUCGAGGUGUUGCUCUUCACCUUUGUAAAUUUAAUUAUGGCUCUUUCAAAUACCUGGAAUCAUUUCAUAGUGAUAGAGAGAUGGCCCUCAAGUAUAACGAUUCUUUCCAGUAUAUGGAUGAGGCUUUUCUAGAUGAUAGGGAUUUCAUAUUGGAAGCGGUAAGAAUAAAUCCCUACCUGGUGGACGAAUUGGAAGGAAUGGAUUUGCUAGAUAGAGAGAUACUUGAGGAGGCUAUCAAGGCAGAUGGAGAAGUAAUGAGUGGACUAGAUGAAAAAUAUCUAUUAGAUAGAGAGCUAGCUCUUUUGGCUGUCAGACAAAAUGGCCUAGCUCUAGAACAUAUUGCUAAUUAUUUUGGUGAUGAUGAAGAGGUUGUUUUGGAGGCUAUUAAGAACGAAGGACGUGCCAUUGAAUUUGCCUCAGCGAGAUUGAAGCGUAACAAGAAACUUGUUUCAAUGGCCCUUAAAGAUAAUCCAAUGGCAUUAAAUAAUAUUGAUCAAGAGGAAUUCGGGUUGGAAAGUGAUGAUGAAAGUAUUUUUCAUUCUGGUGGUGAGGAAGAUAAGGGCAAUGAAUUUCUAAAUCCACAAAUUAUAUGUAUUAGUGGAGGUUUCAUGAGCAACCAAUACGGUAAUAUGGAGUUUUCCCCUCAAUUACCACGUUUCAAUAAUUCUCCUCAAAAUAUUGGCCUAUUGCAAAAUAAGCAUGAGAUUAUUAAUGCAGUAACAAUGGAUGGUUUACUAUUGCAACACAUUCCAGAAGUAUUUAAAAACGAUGAACACGUGGUAAUUAAUGCAGUUCUAGGGAAUGCAAUGGCUCUUCAGUAUGCCUCCCCUAUUUGGCGAGAUAAUGAAACUGUUGUUCUGACAGCUAUUAGAAAAAAUGAAUCUGCCCUUCAAUUUGCCUCUCCCAGGUUGAGAAAUUGUAAAAAGUUUUUAACUUGUGCCCUUAGUAUUAAUGGAUUGACUUUGCAAUAUAUUGAUCCAUUACUUAUAGAUGAGGAAUUAAUUGUGGUUGCUGUAACUCAGAAUGCACGUGCACUUUUAUACACUCCCAACCAAUUGAAAACUAAACAUGUUGUCAUGCAAGCUGUAUCUCAAAAUGGACUGGCUCUUGAGAUGGUUCCAUCAAUGAACAAUGAUAGAGAGAUUGUUGGACAAGCAAUCUGUCAAAAUGGAUUGGCCUAUAGGAUGGCUUCUGAUACUUUGAAACAGGACCAGUCAUUAUUUGCUCUUGCAUUGAAAGGAAGAGGUGAUAAUUUGGCAGCAAUUUACUCCAAGACAACCCAUAACCACCAACAGGACAGUUUAUCAGUCUUUAUUCAAUUUCUAGAUAUUAUCAGAGAGGCACCAAUUGAACUAUUGAGUGAUACUCGAUUUGUUAAGGAAAGUGUGAAAAAUGCAGCAUUUCCAUUCUACCCAAAUUUCAACCUUGAUGACCAGAUAGUUAUGAAUAUCUGUAGAAAUAAUCAAGUUAAUAUUAAGAGGAAACAUUAUGGUGAGGAAGGUGUAGUAGAAAAUCCAACCAAACGAAAAAAGUAA